CUCUUUCGUCCUCAGCCUUGCUCACGAGCCGGUCAACACACACCAUGGCCGAGCUCACAAAAGACGAGAUCUCUCGUCGCUGCCAGGACCUCGUCUACAAGGUCGCCUACUCGUUCUACGACUCGCCGUACAUCAUCCUACUGCGGAUUCUCACCCACCACAAUGUGAUCACGGAGAAGAAGCUCGGUGAGAUGCUCGGCGUCGGUCCGAACGACGUGAGGAAGUACCUCGGCCAGCUGCACGUCGACCGGCUGAUAAAGCGCCAUGUGAACAAAGAAAAGGUCGCCUUAACGUCCUUCCAGCAGCGCCAGAUUGCGUCCGGUGCACAGCUCACCGGUGGUGGCCGCGACGGCAUGACGAAGUCCCGCGAUGUCAUCUACUGGUACCUCGACUACCGCGGGUUCGCCGAUGUGGUCAAGUACCGUAUCGCGAUGAUGCGCAAGGCGAUCGACGAGAAGAUCAAGAACGAGGUCGGCAAGCGGGGGUACCUGUGCCCGAACUGUCUGCGGACGUACGAGACGCUCGAGGUGUCGCGCCUCUUCGACCCCAGCAUGGGCGGCUUCGCAUGCGAGGUGUGCGGGACCGAGCUGGUCGAGGACGACCCGGCGCUGCACGACGACGGCGGCCAGAACGUCGGCCAGGACAGGAUGCAGCGGUUCAACGUGGCCACCGCGCCGAUCCGCGACGCGCUCAAGGGCAUCGAGGGCGCCAACCUCCCCACGAUCAACAUCAACGCCUGGAUCGCGCUGAACGUCAAGGACGCCGCGGCGGUCGCCGAGGCCGCUGCCGCUGGGGAGAGGCGGCGCGUCGACGUCGUCAUCGACGCCGAGGACGACUCGGAGGCGCGCGCCAAGGAGGCCGAGGCGCAGCGUGUCCAGAACGCGCUGCCCGUGUGGAUCGCAGAGUCGACGGUGACCAACGAGGCCACGACGCUCGGCAUGAAGCAGGCCGCAGCGGACGCCAAGGCCGCCGCCGAGGCAGAGCACCGCAAGGCCAAGGCGGCCGAGCAGACCGAGGACUUUGACGCGCUCGAGGCGCACUACGCUGCCAUUGACGAGGUGAGGCCUGAGGACGAGGACGAAGAGGACGACGUCGAGGUCGACACGGCCGAGCCGUCGGGUGAGGCGACGCCCAACACGACGGCUACGACGCCCGCAGCCGACGUGACUGUUAUGGUUAAUGGCGAGCCGGUGCCCCUCGCCGAUAUCACAGAGGAGCACGAGGGCCUCAUGUCGACGGAGGAGUACGAGGCGUACUACGAGGCCAUGUCGGCCAACAUGUAGGCAGUAGCAGUAGUAUUAUCAUCAUGCAUUGUUGUAGCACAG